AUGUUGAAACCCUUCCAGAUCAGGGACCUUCACGUGUCUCCAUCCUCGGGCCAUGAGGUCAACUCAGACCCUCCGGUCUCUCAGGGAGUGGUGCAGAUCUCUGCGACCGACUAUGAUGACAUCGCUUCGAACUAUCCCCGGGCGAGGUUGACAUACAUGGACUAUGAUGAUGGUGAUCAGAUCACAGUCGGGUCCUCUCUCGAGCUCUCUGAACGCCUAGACGAACCCAUCGACAUCAGUCAACGCCUGGAUUCCGUCAAUAUCUCUCAAGAUGAGCCAGAACCGAUGCACAUUUUUGAUAUUCGUCGAUCGAAUUCUGUGACCGAGUUGUGGAAACAAUUCGAGAACACUGCCAAUAAAGCGCCAACUGCUGAAAUGAAGAGUGAUGUCCCUGCUACGGCGGAGCCUGCAGCUAACAGCAUAAAACCCGAGGGCUCCUCAGUUUCGGAACACAUCGCUUCUCCUCCUUCCACCGUUGAGGAAGAUUCACAGCCUCUCAUGGCAGCAUUCGAGGCUGAACUGGCCAAUAUACUUGAGGCCGCUGAGACUUCUGACACUCAAACCCAAGGGACUAGAUCUGAGCCUACUAUCGAGCCAUCGGCCAGCGCUGGCUCACAGAGAAUCCAUCCCUCUGUGGAACGGUUUGUGGCUCAGAUGCUGCAACAGCUUUGCAGUGGGGUCGAUGUUAUGCAAACUGAACUGAGAACAAGGAUUCCUGAGUUGCGGCGUCAACUGAGUGAGGCUCAGAGGGACCUUCCGGAAAAUCUUACCACCUCACUGCAGGCUCUUUUCGCGCAGCUUGAGGUUCAAAUGAGAGCUGCCUUCAACAAUUUGCCGGAUAAUGGAAGACACAUGGCAGAAGAAGCAGUUCAAGCCGGCAGGCCAGUAGCCGAAAACGCCGUGGAAAGUCUGAGGGCUUUUGCUACUAAUUUGGAUCAAUCCACCCGAACCUUGUUUGCGGCAUUUGAGAAUGAAUUCGGCCGAGGCGGAUCCCAAAAUACAAGCACUACGAGUGGCAGCUCAAAUGCUGCACCUGGCUUUUUUUGCCCUCCCCCUAACAAUGCGACUGCGCCUUCUGUCCCCAACUGUCAGGAAGGUCAGGCCUAUCCCGUGGGUACUACACAGCAGAAAGAUACCACGGCUUCCGGUCAACCCACGGUCAAAGACCCCAAACCACCCAGUCCGCCCAGCUCGCAACGUGCUCACCCCAAUCUGCAUGUUGAGCAAGAGCCCCGGCCUUGGGAACGUCUCCCACCUCGUCAACCUCGUCACUGGCAGCCUCCUCCAUUCCACCCUCCACACCUUCCACACCCUCCAUCGCUUGCUCAGCCACCGAGCUGGCCGUCUUUGAACGACGGGCAGCAAUGGCACCAGUUCGGUCAUCCGCCAAAUUCAUUGGGUCGUUUUGCUCCUCCGCCACCGGGUCCGUUUUCAUUCCCUCAAUGGUUCCAGUCGCCUUCUACGCCCUCAUAUCCCCCGGCGAAUAUGCGACAGCCUGGAAGUGGUAUCUUGCAAUACCGCACUCCGGCUCCUCCGCCAUACACAGCAAGUACGCAACCUAGGGAUGGAAGCAUGCGAACCGAAGCACCCGAAAACAAGACCUUGUUCAUCGGAAACGUUGGCUUUAAUGUCACCGAAAAUAUGAUCCAGGAUGUCUUUGCUUCAAAGGGAUUCAUUGUUGAUGUUGAUCUUCCUCCGGAUUCCAUGUCGGGCAAACAUGCAGGCUUCGGCUACCUACAUUUCCCGUCCAUGCACCCGGCGAUGGCUGCAAUGAGCGCUUUGCAGGGCUUCCACGUUGAUGGCCACGCGAUCAACCUGGAGUUCAGUGAUCAGAUACCCAUUGAACGCAUCCCUUCAUCGCAGCCCUCGUCCGAGGCCGCAAACUCGAGCUCGCCCAGCUCUCAGCAGGGCAGUUCUCAGACCGCUCCUGUCAGCGGUGCAUCUUCAUCUCAGGACAAGACCUUAGGGAAAGAGCGAAUUGUUCCUGGGGGCACCGCUCGGAGGAACAGCAGUGGCUCAAUCAAGCGCAGAAAGUCUGUUACCUUCCGGGAGCCAGUCUUAAGCUACUUCACCGAGGCUAGAAGGGGGGAUGCCAAUAAAGAUUUCAACGCCCCUCGAGCUGCAUCUCCUGCAUUGAUUGACCUGACGGAUGAGUCCACUGCGGGUGUUCCUCCUGUUUGGGCGGACAGUCAUUCCCCACCUCUGAAGCAGGGGCAGCCUUUGACAGACAAGGAAAUGAUAGAUAUUCAAAUGGAUCGUUUCCCUCCUGUUUCGCAGUUGGAUGCCCACCUCAGGGCAAAUCAACGGCAAGGUCGUUCAUCUGUACCUCCUCAUGGUGUAUCCCCUGAGGAUUAUGCCUUUUUCCGAAGUCGUGUGCCAUCGCACCCAUCCCCUGAGGUUCCUCUCAAGGGAGCUACUUUUGGCUCCAAUAUCCAGGAAAUGCAGGUCCCUACAGAUGUCGCCUCUCGUCCUAAAAGGCAUGAUUUCGAGAAGAAAGAUGAUAUCGAAAACUCUCGCAGUGGCAGCAAGCCUCUGCCACCAGUCAAGCGCUCAGAUACAGUGAACGUCACGCCUUUCAAUGAGGCUUCUCUGACUCACUCUAUUGCUGGAGUUCCUCUGAGACGCCGAGCAACUGAGCGCAACUCGCUCCGGCCCAGCGCUCGUCAGAGUGCCGAAAUAGAUACUUGGGCGCGCCUGGACAGACGUGAGCGCCUGCAUUCCCGGCCAUCGUCCACCCAGAGCAUCCCCGGGAGUUUCCCCGUUGAGGAAGUAUCCCAGUCACCAGUCACGAACGCGAGCCUAGGCAACACCGAUGGUGCCCAGGACAUCCGAUCCGACAGUAUCGACAGCUGUGUCUCCUCACUUGUCGACAUGGGGUAUGGCACUCCCCAAGAAGGGGGGCGAUCACGAAUGGCUGUCUAUGCAGCUGCAUCCAACGGCAGCCUCCUGGAUGCGAUCGAGAUGAUUGAGGAGGAAAGGAAGGCAUAUGCUGGACAGCAUCGACAGUAG